CUUUAUUAAAAGUUUGAAGCCGUGAAGGAAAAGUCGUGAAAAAUAAUUUUCCUGUAUUUUUCUGGAUAUUAAGAAAAUUAUAAUUUAUUUUCAAUUAUGUGAAAAGUGAUAUUAAGCAUGGAGAUAUGCAUUUUGAAGUGAUGAAAAGUUAAAUUAGACUUGGAUAUAAUUUAAAAGUGGAUAUAAAGACAGCAGGGAAAAUAUUGAACGCAUAUUAAACGGCUUCAAACUUAACGUAAAAAUAUUCAAGGAUAUAAAGAAGAAAAAAAAACUUUUUAAGGAUUAGCAAGGACAUCAAAUUCAUCAAGGAUAAGAAAAACAAACAUUUAAAGAGCAAAAAUGUCGUCAGUUAAAGUAGCAGUUCGCGUGCGUCCCUUUAAUUCGCGAGAAAUUUCGCGCGAUUCAAAAUGUAUCAUUGAAAUGUUUGACAACACAACGGCUAUAACGAAUCCUAAAGCACCACCAGGAAGCAGUGACUCAACUAAGAGAUUUAAUUUUGAUUAUUCUUACUGGUCACACGAUCAAGCGGAUUCACACUUUGCAACACAAGAAAUGGUAUAUUCUGAUAUCGGUGAGGAAAUGCUUCAGCAUUCAUUCGAUGGAUACAAUGUUUGUAUCUUUGCUUACGGUCAAACCGGUGCUGGAAAGUCAUACACAAUGAUGGGACGACAAGAAGAAGGUCAGGAGGGAAUUAUUCCGAUAGUUUGUAAGGAUCUCUUUAAGAAAAUUCAAGAUACGACUUCCGAUGAUUUGAAAUACACUGUUGAAGUCUCGUAUAUGGAAAUUUACUGUGAACGAGUUCGUGACUUAUUAAAUCCAAAGAAUAAAGGAAAUUUAAAAGUUCGAGAACAUCCUGCAUUAGGUCCAUAUGUUGAGGAUCUCACAAAGCUUGCAGUGAUUUCAUAUGAAGACAUUCAUGACAUUAUUGAUGAAGGAAAUAAGGCAAGAACUGUAGCGGCAACAAAUAUGAACGAAACGAGUUCAAGAUCUCAUGCCGUCUUUACAAUUUUCUUCACUCAAACUAAACAAGACAGCUUGACUGAUUUAACUGCAGAAAAGGUAUCAAAAAUCAGUUUGGUCGAUUUAGCUGGAAGUGAACGAGCUGACAGUACUGGAGCAAAAGGUACACGACUCAAAGAAGGUGCAAAUAUCAACAAAUCCUUGACAACUUUAGGAAAAGUUAUCUCAGCACUAGCAGAAGUUUCUGCACAGAAAGGAAAGAAAUCAAAGAAAGCUGACUUCAUUCCAUACCGUGACUCGGUAUUAACAUGGCUCUUACGUGAAAAUCUUGGUGGAAACUCAAAGACUGCAAUGAUUGCAGCAAUUUCGCCUGCAGAUAUUAAUUACGAUGAAACAUUAUCAACUCUCAGAUAUGCGGAUCGAGCCAAACAAAUUGUAUGCAAAGCUGUCGUUAAUGAAGACGCUAAUGCUAAACUUAUUCGAGAACUUAAAGAAGAAAUUCAGAAACUUCGAGAUUUAUUGAAGACUGAGGGAAUUGAGGUUGAACAAGGAGACGAUGAAUGUAAUAACAACGUUCCGACUCCAAAUGAUAAACAAACGGAUUAUAAGCGUGAGAAGCCAAUGCGCUCAACGUCAACAACAGAGACAGAAAUGGCUGUGGAUCAACUUCAUGCUAGUGAGAAGUUGAUUGCAGAACUUAAUGAAACGUGGGAAGAAAAGUUGAAGAGAACUGAAGAGAUUCGUCAGCAGCGUGAAGCUGUUUUUGCUGAAAUGGGUGUUGCUGUUAAGCCUGAUGGAAUAACAGUUGGAGUUUUUAGCCCAAAAAUGACGCCACAUCUUAUUAAUCUCAAUGAAGAUCCAACAUUGUCAGAAUGUUUACUUUAUUACAUAAAGGACGGUGUCACAAAAUUGGGUACUUCCGAAGCAGAAAUUCCUCAAGACAUUCAAUUGUCAGGCUCUCACAUUCUUAAAGAACAUUGCAUCUUUCAAAAUGACAGUGGCAUUGUCAGUAUAAUUCCAAAAGAAGAAGCCCUCAUUUUCAUAAACGGAAGGAAAGUCAUCGAAACAGAAGUUCUAACAACCGGAUCAAGAGUUAUCUUGGGUCGAAAUCACGUUUUUCGCUUCCAACAUCCGCAACAAGCGCGUGAAAAACUCGAACAAAAACUUUUAGAAGAACCGUUGAGCAAUGAAGAAGCAAAGGAAGAGACUAAAGAUGAAGUCGUUGAUUGGAAUUUUGCCCAAUGUGAAUUGCUCGAAAAGCAGGGCAUUGAUCUUAAAGUUGAGAUGGAAAAGAGGCUAGUUGCACUUGAGGCACAGUUUAAGCGAGAAAAGGAAGAAGCUGAUCAACAAUUUGAGGAACAGCGUAAAACUUAUGAAGCGCGCAUUGAUGCACUUCAAAAGCAGGUUGAGGAACAAUCAAUGACUAUGUCAAUGUAUAGCAACAUGACUUCUGCAACAGAUGAUUUUAACAAUAAAAUGUUGGACGACGGGUUUGAUGAUGAAGAAAACAGUAUUUAUGAAAAUCCACUUUGUGAGUCAUGGACAAUUAGACAAAUCGAUUUAGCAGCGUGUGUAUUUAAGAAAUGGAAAAGUCAUAAAUUCACAUCACUUCGAGACGAUUUGUGGGGAAAUGCAAUCUAUCUCAAGGAAGCGAAUGCCAUUUCUGUGGAAUUAAAAAAGAACGUUCAAUUUCAAUUUACAUUGCUUUCAAAUACAUUAUAUACACCAUUAUCGAACGAUUUGAAGGACAAAUCUGAGAAUCCAUCACGAACAGUUGUCUCUGUUGAGGUAAAUGAUCAAAAAAAUGGUGCCAUUCAUUAUUGGUCUUUGGGAAAAUUGAAGCAACGUUUGGAUAUGAUGCGCGAAUUAUAUCAUAGUGAUGGAGAGUCAUAUGACUAUAAUGUUGAGUCAUUAAUUGGAUAUGAUCCAUUUUAUGACAGAUUUCCAUGGUUCCGUGUUAUUGGACGAUCAUUUGUAUAUCUCAGUAAUUUACUUUAUCCCAUACCAUUAGUACAGAAAGUUGCUAUUGUAAAUGAGUCGGGAGACGUUAAAGGCUAUCUUCGUGUAGCCGUACAAGCUGUUUUUGACAAUGAUGGACACAUAAUUAAUAAUCAUAAUAAUUUAAAUAAUAACAAUAAUAUUAAUAUAAACAUCAACAACAAUAAUAUAAAUAAUAAUAAUAACAACAACAACAACAAUAAUAAUGGAAUGGCAGUUAAUCAACUAGCACGAGUAGUUUUUAGUGAUGGCACGAAAUACAGCUAUGAUGAGAGAUUCAUCGAAGAAAACGGAAAUGAUAAUGACGAUGGAAAGAUGGAUAAUGACGAUGAUGAUGACACAAUCGGAGAGCAUUUAAAAAUUGGCAGUGAAUUUAAAUUCCGAAUUAUUGUAUUACAGGCUUACGACAUUCCAAUCGAAUAUACAGACAUUUUCUGUCAAUUUAAUUUCCUUCAUUGUGAAGAGGAAACAUUCUCAACCGAACCGAUAAAGAAUAAGCAUGAUAAGCCAAUUGGCUUUUAUCACAUCCAAAACUUAACAGUUAAAAUCACAAAGAAAUUCAUCGACUACAUAAAGAAUCAACCAAUAGCAUUUAAAAUCUAUGGACAUUUUAAUAGCAAUCAUAAGAAUGGAACAACAGUCAUUUCAGCUAAGCAGCAAACUCGUGCUCCACCAAAAAGGCUUCAAUUGCCAAGUAUCACAAUGAGUCAGCCUAUUCGUAGCACUAAGUUUACACAAUUUGCCAUGUCACCAACAACAGAACGUAAAACGCCAUCGUCUCCAACAACAACAGUCUUUACUAAACAUGAUAUUCUUGUGUGGUUUGAGAUUUGUGAAUUGGCACCAAAUGGAGAAUAUUUACCGGUUCCUGUUGAUCAAUCUACUGGAAGUUUCUUAUUACAUCAAGGCAUUCAACGACGAAUUCGAAUUACAAUCGUACACGAACCCACAAAUGAGUUGAAAUGGAAGGAUAUUCGAGAAGUUAUUGUUGGGCGUAUACGUAAUACUGCUGAGUCUUUCGACGAAUUCGAUGAUGCUGGUGCAUUAUCGUUAGGAAUAUUCCCUGGUGAAUUGCUUGAGGUUCGUAAUGACGACCGAACAUUCUACCAAUUUGAGGCCGCGUGGGAUUCAAGUUUACAUAAUUCAAAUUUGCUUAAUCGUGUCACGCAAAAUGGCGAAACUAUUUUCAUUACUUUAAGCAGCUAUCUUGAGUUGGAGAAUUGCUUGAGACCUGUGAUUAUUACUAAGGAUUUAAGUAUGGUUAUUUAUGGACGUGAUGCACGCAUUGGACCACGAUCAUUAAAGAGUUUAUUCUCUGGACGAUCUGGAACAACCAACAGAUCAAGUGCAAUCUAUGAACUUUCUCUCAAAUGUGCUAAUAAAGCAGGAUCACCAGGCGUUCAAAGACGUCAACGACGAGUCCUUGACACAAGCACAACAUAUGUUCGAGGUGAAGAAAAUCUCAAAAACUGGCGUCCACGAGGCGAUUCACUUAUUUUCGAUCAUCAAUGGGAAUUGGAGAAGCUUACACGCUUGGAAAUGGUUGAACGUGUUAGAUAUUUGUUAUUGCUACGUGAGCGUUUAGGAUUGGAUGAAUUACAAAAUAGUAAGAAUGAUAAGAAUGUAAACAAUAUGAUUGCUCGAGAUGCUGACAGCAAUGUUGAUGACGAAGACAUGCUACCAUCAGAUGUUGAGGAUGAAGAUUUGGAAGAAGUUCCAGAAGACAGUGAAGUAAAUGAGCGACAAAAGGGAUUAAUUGCAAAAUGUUUGAAACUAUUGGCAUCCGAUAUAACACAACAAUCAAAUAGAUCAAUCGUAACGCCAGUCACACCAAUAUCAAGUACUGACGAAAAUAGUAAUAUGUCAAUCAGUCAAUAUUCAAUCAAUUCUGUCAGCACACCUUCCUUGACUGAAAUAUCAAAUGAAUGGCAUCCACAACAUAAGCAAAUUGAUCAUAAGACAACAAAUGACCACAUUCAGUACUUUAUUCCUGACUUGGAAGAGAUCUUAACGAGUUCAAUGGUCACGAGAAAGGGUUACUUGAAUGUUUUAGAGCACGGCUGCUCGGGAUGGAAGAAGAGAUGGAUUGUUGUACGAAGACCCUACAUUUUCAUAUAUAAAUCUGACAAGGAUAAUAUCGAACGAGCUGUUUUAAAUCUCACAAAUGCUCAAGUCGAAUGUUCGGAAGAUCAAAUGGCAAUGAUUAAAAUUCCAAACACAUUUAGUGUUGUUACAAAAUAUCGUGGUUAUUUACUACAGACAUUGAAUGAAAAAGAAGUUUAUGAUUGGCUGUAUGCCAUAAAUCCACUCUUGGCUGGAAGAAUUAGAUCGCAUUUGGCACGACAAAAUAUUGAUAUUGCUUCUUCACCGACAAGAACUGUCACUUGUACUACUACGGGUACAUCAGCCGCUCAAAAAUUCAUCAUUAAUCGACAGAAACUAUUUGCUAUGAGCAAAUGAGAUUCGCUGACGAUGGAAUCUGUGUUAAUUUAAUUCCACCAACAAAGUAAUAUGAAAAAUGUCAACAUUCCUUUAAAAAAAGUAUUAGGAGAAGUGAGAUGAUGGAGAAUUUUUAAAUUAAACUUAACAUAAAAAAUAAUGAUCUGUUUAUUCGUCAAUUUUGUAAUAUUUCUCUAUCCAUUGCUAUCCUUUAAAAAUAAUAAUUAACCAUAAUUAUAUCCGGGCAUAUUAUUGACUAACAAAUAAUAAUCAUUAUGGUCCAAAAAAAGAACAAAAAAAUACUUAAAGGCAUGGCUUAACUAAAAAUCAAGCAAAUUUUUUCCUCCUUUGCUGUUAUUUAACACAUAUUCCAUCGCAUGACUUACUUAUAGACAAAAAAAUGAAAGAAAAUAAACUUAAAUGAAAUCUCUAGAUUAAAAUCUCAAAAUUUAAAAAUGAAUAUAAUCCAUUAUAAGAUCUGUAUAGAUAAAAAUUACUAUCUUUUCUUCCAAAGUUAAAGACAAAAAUUAUCCGUAUUGAAAGACAAACAAAAAAAAAAUUCAUUUCAACGCAACGCUUUUGCCACACCAUAACUCUAUAUCUUUCCUACUAUUUGACCCCAAUUUAUCGUCAAAAAAGAAGGCUAGGGGUAAAGUGGGUUUGGAUCUAAGCUUUCAAACUCGGAUUAAAGUUUUAAUCGUUGAAUAAAAUUUUAAUUCAGUAAACAGCUGCUGGGGAUAUCCUUGAUGUAUAUAGCAAGCUAUUCUUUAGUUCUAGGUGUGGUAUAUACCCUAAGAAUUAAUGGUAGUGCAUAUCCUAGACAUAAGAGAAGUGUAUGCCUCAGGUUAUAUCAAGUAGCUGACACUAGGUUUAUUGGAUAAAUUCUAUCAAGAUUUUCUAGUUUUUAAUGAAUUAAAAAUGCCGUAAAGUCACACAUUCCAUGCUUGAGAUCACUCCCCAACCCCCUACGAAUCUUAUUGAAAAUAUCACGCUUUUUAUGAUGAUAAAGAAACAUUUAAAAAUGAAAAGUAAAAAAAAAUCCUGCAAAAAUUAAAAUGUUAAAGGCAUAUGUAUAACUUAUCACCUAUAAUGCAAUUUUUUUUAGGUUUUUAGGGCUAUGAGCAUAAAAUUAUGGGACGUAAAUGGAAAAAAUCGAUUAAAAUACUGAAAGUAUUAAAUUAAUGUAAAACUGGGUCCCUUUAAAAAUAAAUAAAUAACUCAAAGUAAUUGUUUUUAAUGUAAAUUAUAAAUGAUAUACAACAAUUAUUAUUAUUAUUAAAAUUUAUUGGUAUUUAAAGUAGAAGAACAAAUGGAAAUCAACCCAUAAAGUAUUUUGUAAAGUAAUAUUUGCAUAAAUUUCCUUUUUUUUAUUUAUUGCUAUUUAAUUUAAUGAUAUUUUAAGUAUCUACAUUUACAAAUUUAAGCCACAAUAAAAUAAAAGACGACAAAACAAAAUUUCUAGACGAGAAAGUAAGAUAUUAUGAUUUGCUGUGAUUAUUUUUAGUUCUUAGCCAUUAUUUUACUAAGUUUUUUAUAAAAUAUUAAAUCAUUUAUCAGCAGCAUCUCAUUAGACUCAAUUUUUGGUUCUCUUCGUGAAUUUAUUUUCGAUCAAAAAAAAAUGGAAAAUUGAAAAUUUUAGCUUUAAAUCUUUGAACUCGAAAAACAAAAAAAAAUGAUAAAUUGUUAAUGUGGAGUAUAAAAAGAAUUAUAUUUUUGGCAUAUUAAGUGCAAAACCUUUCUGACGGUGAAAACUGUUUUGUUUUCCGCAAAAGUAUUUAUUUACUACAGCAGAAACAUUGAUAUUAAUAAAAGUAAAACAAAUAUUUAAUUGGACAAAAACAAUUAAUGCCUCGAUUUAUUAUUUUUUUAUGAUAUUUUAAAUAAAUUUAAAUCUUUUCUAAUUUCAGAUACUUUCGUUACAAUGGUCAUAAUGAUUCUGUUAGCUCAUUCAUUUGUGAUAAUUUUUUUUUUAUCUUUUAUCUUCUUAAAUAUACAUACAAAUGGAAAUAAUGCCAUAAAAAAUUAUCAUUCAAGCAAUUAUGUCAAUUUAGUGUCAAUUUUCAUAAUUCAGAGCUGGUAAUUGAUAGUUGUAUAUACGGUUGUAGGCAGAAGGAGGAGGUCUAAUAGAUGUUUUCGUAUAUUGUCAAAUUUUGGAAAGGGGCCGUUCACUUAUGAUGUCCAGGGGGGUAGCUAGAAAAAAACAAUAGAAAUUCAAAGAAAUCUAUUGUUUUUUUUUGAAAAAUUAUAUUUAAUUUUGGGCGUCAUAAAUGAACGACCCUAAAGGGAUUGAAUUGAUUUUUCAAUACAAAUAUCAAUCUAAAGACAUUAGUAAGUUUGGGUUUCAUGGGGAAACGAAUCCUGAAUGUCAUUUUUCCCCAAUUUCGUUCAGUUUUUACUCCAUAUCUUUUAAUAAUUCUAGGAACUUUGAGUAUUUCAAGUCAUUUACAGAUGAAACAGUUGUUCAAUUUUAUUGACUAUUUAUCAA